AUGAGUUCAAACCUCGCUGAGAUUUUGAAUCCGCAGGGCGUCGCUACGCAUCUGUCGGAGAGGGGCCUGAUUGCGGUGACCUGGACUGGCGCUGGGCUGGGAAUUGUCUUUACGGGCCUUCGUCUGGCGAUUCGAAUCACGCGCAUGAAGCGACUGCUAGCAGACGACUAUUUCGUCCUUGUUGCGUUGUUCUUCCUCGUUGUGAAUGCGGUUCUCCAAACGCUACAAGCCCCGCAUCUCUACUACAUCAUACUGACCCCGUUGACUGGCGACAUUAUCCACCAUGCGACCAUGUAUGUGCAUUACAUGUUUGUCAUUAUCGGCCUCUUCUGGUCCGUCCUCUGGAGCGUCAAGGCUGCAUUCCUCGCGCUAUUUUGGGGGAUGACAGACAAUCUUCCGCACUACCGGCGCUGGUGGUGGGUGAUUGUUGCCUUUUGCGUUGGCUCGUACGCUGGCUGCUGGAUAGCCUCUGCCUUUACCUGCCAUCCUCCGUCCGACUACUUCAAGUUUGCCAAAUGUACCAAGGACAUCGACCAGCAAGGGUCCAUCAUCUCCAUCUCCUACAGCACGGCCGUCGACAUUCUGUCCGAUCUGAUGAUCAUGGGGUUCGCGUUGAAGAUUGUCUGGUCGACCCGCAUCACAUUCCACCAGAAAAUCGGGGUCGGGGUCGUCUUCUCGCUCGGAGCGAUCAUCAUUGCGUUUGCCAUUGUGCGCGCAAUCAACAUCACCGGCCGUGCGUACUCGGACCAAGCUGGACUUGCCGUCUGGAGUAUUGCCGAGUCAUCGAUCUCGGUCAUAGUCGGCUGUCUCCCCCCGUUCAAAACGUUCCUCUCGCGCAGCAACUCGACCUACGCAUCUCGAUAUCCACCGACGUAUGAGCGCAGCGGGUUCUCGGCGCGCCAGAAACGAUCCUUGACGCAUACAACCAGCUGGAGUGAGAUGCCGCUCGAGGCGGACUACGAGUUGACGGUGCCCAAAGUUCACAUCUCAGCUGGGAGCCGUAACGAAGGCUCCUCGGAUGCAGGAGAGAUCCGAGUGACUCAGGGAUUUGUGAGUUUCUGGUCCACGUCGGAUGAAGGAUCAUCGCUGACAUGUACAGAGCGUGCUUCGUGA